UGAAUUAAACUGAAGACAGUGCCUGUGGACGGUGAACCAUGAGCCCACUCAUCUGUCUUUUAGUGGUCUUCCUUCAGGCUGCCGUAUCUGUUUGUCAACAGGAAAGGUUCCUUAUAUUAGCUCCCAGUGUGUUCCAUGUGGGAGUGAAAGAGCGUAUUUACAUCCAGGUCGGGAAAGCCCUUCUAAACAGUCAUAUUUCACUCCAUUUGGAGCAUGAGACAAGCACCACGAAGGUUUCUGAAGAGGUCUCCCUGAGUUUUACUGGGGAGGGGCAGGUCAAAACCGUAGAAUUACAGGUAGACUGGCAGAAGAUGUCAGAGCUACCUUCCUCUGGGGGUAGUCCUCCAUCUCUUUUGCUUGUGAGUAAGAUUCAAGGCGUCAAAGAAAGACACAUGGUGAGGGUCCUGGUCUCCAAACGCAGAGGAUAUAUCUUCAUUCAGACCGAUCAACCCAUCUACAAUCCCUCAAAUUUAGUGAGUUACAGGAUAUUUACACUCAAUCACGCGAUGAGACCCAAUGCUGAGACUGUCCAUAUCUCAAUUUUUAAUGCUGGGGGUAAUCAAGUAUGGAAGGGUCUUAAACGAGAUAAAAGUGGAAUAGUCACCAUUAAUUUCGAUAUCCCCGAUGUCUCAGAAUUGGGUGUGUGGAAGAUAGUGGCUCAUUAUCAAGGAGAUGAAAGGAAUGCUGUUACUCAACAAUUUGAAGUCAAGAAGUUUGUGCUGCCAAGCUUUGAAGUGACCAUCAAACCUGAGAAAGGCUACAUUCUUAUUAAUACUGAGCAGUUUACCUUCGACAUCUCAGCAUUGUACUCCCAUGGCAAAACUAUAAAAGGAGCCUUCCACUGCCGCUUUGGAGUGAAGGAGAAAACCAAGGCGCAGGGUGGUAAAGAAAAGACUGUUGUCUUCAUUAGAGGACUGGAGCAUACUGGAUUGAUUAGAGAUGGGAAAGGUUCAGUGGUUCUUCAGAUAUCCGAGCUUAUCAAGCAACUCCAAUCUCAGCUUAAGACCACCCUCUCAGACCUGGACGAGAGCCAAUCACAGCUUUUAAUGACAGUGUCCGUCACCGACAUCAACAGUGGUGAGCUACAAGAAGCGGAGGUGUAUCUUCCUGUUGUGUCCCAGCUUUACACGGUAGACCUGUCCCGCACACGCUCACACUAUAUCCCCGGAGUCCCUUUAAAGGUGGAGGUGGUGGUACAUCUCCCUGGCGGUUCCCCGGCCGUGGCGGUGCCAGUGACAAUGCAUUUGCCAAACCUCCAGGAUGACCCCAAAACUAAGGACACUGACAAGGAGGGAAUCGUGUGGCAGUAUUUCAACCUUCCCAAUAUUGAUAGCGACAUUACUGUAGAGGUUACAGUAGAUGGCCAUCGAUCCACAAAAGUUGUCAAACGAUCCUCAUUUCCUGGAAACGUCUAUCUAAGCACCACCGUGAACGAUGGAACUCUAAUGGUGGAUCAGUUACUAACUGUUACAUUUGCAGUCAUCAAUGCGGUUCCAGAAGAUGGGUUCAUAUACUACUUGGUUCUCAGCCGAGGACAGCUCAUAAGAGAGGGUUCUGUCAAGGCGGGGAAAUCAAUAAAGAUUCAGUUUCCAAUCACUCAUGCGAUGACACCCUCCUUCCGUCUGAUUGGCUACUACCACGGCCAGAAUGCUGACAUCAUUGCUGACUCAGUGUGGGUAGACGUCAAGGACGUUUGUGAGGGUAAGGUCGAGGUAAAGACAAAAAAAGACGAAUAUGCCCCUGGACAAACUGCAAAACUUGAUAUUGAUUUAAACGGACAGAAGGCCAAAGUAGCGUUGCUGGCUGUGGACAAGGCCAUGUACGCUCUCAACGCCCACAACAGGCUCACCCCCAAACAGGUCUUCUCCUCAAUGCAGUCCUAUGACCUUGGCUGCUCCUAUGGUGGAGGGUCAAACACAGCGUCUGUAUUCAAUGACGCUGGUCUGUCUUUUAUCUCCAGCUCUGCAGUAACGUCACAAAUGAGGAUUGGAUUCAACUGUGAGCAGGGCUUCAGGCGACAAAGACGUUCCCUAGACCUCCAGCAGCAGAUGAUGUCCAUAAAGCUGAGUUACUCAGAUGGGAAGCUGCAGGAAUGUUGUGGUCAUGGCUUCACCCUGAUCCCCAUGCGUCGGACCUGUGACGAGCGAGCCAAGAUAGUUGAACGAUCCAGCGAGAGCCCUGCCUGUGUGCAGGCUUUCCGGGAAUGCUGCAAACAGGGAGAGAAACUGAGAGAAAAGAAGAAACGUGACGACGCUCUGGCCGGGCACGGCAGAACUGGAAGUGAAGCAGACAUUGAAGACUUCUUUGACACAACCGAUCAGGACAUACGCCGAUAUUUCCCCCCAAGCUUUUUCUUCAAAGUGGUAGAUGUAGACGGCCAAAACAGUGUCAAUGUGAUGCUGCCGGAUUCUAUAACCACCUGGGAGAUGCAGGUUGUCAGCAUUUCUGCGUCGCAUGGCAUAUGUGUAGCAGAACCAUACCAGUUACGUGUGUUUAAGGAGGUUUUUGUCACCCUGAGGCUGCCGUACUCUGUGAAAAGAUUUGAACAGUUUUCUGUCAUACCUGUCGUCUACAACUAUGGGGACGAGCCUGCACAGAUUGCACUCCAGAUGGUGCAAAAUGAAAAGCUCUGUUCGCCUGGCUCAGGUUCCCUCAAAACCUAUGUCAACGUAACUGUGGAGCCCCACUCUUCCAAAGCCGUCACUUUCACAGCAGUACCCAUGGAGACGGGCUUCGUGCCCAUCAUCAUACGCCUUUAUGACAAGGAGAAUGAGGUUGGCAGCGACGCCAUUGAAAAGACUCUGAAUGUUAGAACGGAGGGAAUAGAGAAGAGAGUGGAGGAAAUACAUGUUGUGAACCUGAUUGGGGGACGUAGCAUGUCUUUAACAAUUGAUGGAAAGUUACCAGACAACACAGUUCCUGAAUCCAUCUCCAAUAUAUUUGUCAAGAUGGAAGGGGAAGGGUUUGGUCAAUCUACUGCCAAAACCCUGCUGUCUCCUCAUGGGGUUAAACACUUGCUACAGGCCCCUGAUGGAUGUGCAGAGCAGACUAUGAAGAGAAUGGCUCCCACUGCAUUGACCCUCCGCUACCUGGACCUUAGCCAGCGGUGGUAUGAGCUGCCCGCUGGCACCAGAGACACCGCCCUGGAUUCCACAGAACAAGGCUAUAUGAGAAUUCUGACGUUUAAAAAGGCAGAUGGAUCCUAUGGGGCAUGGAAAAGUCAUCCGACAAGUCAUUGGCUGACAGGCCUGGUCGUGAAAGUGAUGUCCCUGGUGGCCGAACGUCAGAGAGAAAGGUCUGGGCCAGCAGGGAGAGAGGGACUGGAUGUGGCCGAGAAUGAAAUCAGUCAUUCGGUUAGGUAUCUCCUGGAUAACCAGAACCAGGAUGGAUCUUUCACAGACCCGAACCCUGUAAUACACAGGGAAAUGCAGGGAGGCAUUGGUGGGGUUGAGGGAGACGUGUCCAUGACUGCCUUUAUAACUCUGGCUUUGAAUCGGUCCCUCCCCUUCUUGACAGAUGUAAAUGUGCUUGAGAGAACGAAAGCCACGAUCUCCAGAGCCACAAAGCACCUGCUGUCACGUUUUGAGGGGCUGAAGAGGCCUUACUCGGCGGCCAUUACAGCCUAUGCCCUGUCAGUCACUCUACCUGACCGGACAGAGGCCAUGUCUGCCUGGGAAAAACUCCAAAAGCUCGCAACCAAAGACAAAAACAACUGCAGCGGGUGGUAUGCUGACGCAGGCCUGGUUAAGAAAGAAAAGGCUUGGUGGGUACCAACAGUCGAGGCCAUAACAGUGGAGACCACGGCCUACGCUUUGCUAACUGCUGUGGCUCACAAGAAAACGGAGUGGGCAGACUCUGCAGCGUGCUGGCUGACUUCACAGGAGAACUAUGGAGGGGGCUUCAAAUCCACACAGGAUACUAUCGUGGCUUUGGAGGCGCUCUCUGAGUAUGCCCUGACCACGCCGCCCUCUACCACCACACAAGUCCGUGUAGACUUCACAAGUGAAGGGAGGUUUGGGGAAAUACUGCGUCAAGACAUGCAGUUGGACAACAAAGGAUACGCAGUAGAAAAAGAGCUGAAGACACUAAUUGGUAAAAAUGCUAUUGAUGUAAAUCUAACAGGACAGGGAAAGGCCAAGAUGAAGGUUACAAAGGUCUACCACGUACUGGAACCCUACGAUAACUGCGAUCUUCUGUCAAUCACAGUCAAAGUAGAGGGCAUUGUAAAGUAUACUGCUCGCCUUGUUGAAGACUACUAUGAGUUGGAAGACUACGCAGAUGAUGAGAGAAGCGAGGAGGAGGACAUCCCACGAUCAGCGAUCGAGUGGUUCGAUGCUCGAAGCAGACGCAGGAGAGAUACUCAGCCGAGCCUGGAACCCGAAAAUCUAGUUCAAUACGAAGUCUGUUUCAGAAUUAACAGGAACUUAACAGGAAUGGCCAUAGCUGAUAUCACACUGCUAAGUGGGUUUCAGGCACAGACUGAAGACUUGGAUAAACUGAAAGCGAUGCCUGAACAGUACAUCUCUCACUACGAGCUGUCACAUGACAAAGUGCUGAUGUACUUUAAUAAGAUUGAGCCAGAUGACUGUAUAGCUUUCCGAGCCAAACAGAGCGUGCCUGUAGGGUUGCUACAGCCUGCCCCUGCCUCCAUCUAUGACUACUAUGAACCAGACAGAAAGUGUACUAUUUUCUAUGCUGCACCGAAACAAAGCAAGAUGGUUUCAGCUCUAUGUGAUGCUGAUGUAUGCCAAUGUGCAGAGAGGCCCUGUCACAAACAGAGGAAUGCCUUUGGACCACAGAGGUUAAUGAAGGACCACCGCUUUGAGUUUGCUUGCUUUUUCCCCACUGUGGAUUAUGGUUUCACUGUCCAAGUUGGCAAUGUGUCUGUUAAGAGUAACUUUGCACUCUACAGUUCUACUGUGACAAGCAUACUCCGAGUCACGGGAGAUUUAAACCUGCAGGAGAAUAACGUGAGAGUGUUUGCCAGGAGGCUUCAGUGUAAAGGACAUCUAGAGGCUGGAAAAACAUACCUCAUCAUGGGCAAAGAUGGCUUAACUACUGACUCUAAUGGCCAGAUGCAGUACCUUUUGGAAUCAAAUACUUGGAUUGAACAAGUGCCAGAUGAGAAAAAGUGCCAAGCAAACAUAAACAAGAAAGCCUGCCGACAAUUUCAUGACUUUGUUACUGAGUAUAAGUUCAAUGGUUGCAGCCAGUGAUUGGCUCAUUGACUGAAUUUUUAUAUUCUACAUAAUCUACAAAACAAACCAGAAGUAAAUCCAUGUAGUCCAAUAUUUGUAACAUGGCUGUUAAUAUAGUCAAUACACCUUCAUAUUUCAAAAUGAGAACGUUAAAAUUAGAACAUUAAUCAUGUUGAAUUUCUGCAAUUGUAUUUAUUCUUUUUGUAUAAACAUGAAAACAAAUACAUGGUCAAGAAAUCUACAAAAAGAGGAUAUUAUUUCUAAAGCUGAUAUAGGCCUACUUUCAAGGUGCAGUGAAGUAUAGCAUUUACUGGGCCUUUAAUAUCUGGGCCUAUAACAGAUUUGGAUCAUGUCAGCUACUGAAAUAAGGCCAAUAUAUACAACUUGCAAGCAAAUAUAACUAAUCUGUAAUGAACAAAUUAUUGUUUAGAGAUUUUUCCUAGCAUUAUUUCACAAAAUAUUUUUGGGUUUUCCAACACUUUUGUCCCAUUUCCUACCCUAUCUGAAUGCAUUCCCUGUGUGUGAGUGAGAGUCUGAAGAAUGAUGUCCAUACACAACUCCUGGAUUAGCAUUAGGCAGACUCAAAAAUUGCGUUUGGACAAUCAGCUCCAAACUCCCCAGUCCCAGCAGAGUCAGAGACAAUGACAGAGAAACCUGGGUAAAGCACUUUUACUGUGAGAAAAAACCGCUUUGAAAACAAACAGUCAAACACAUUCCAUCAAUAAACCAUGAGACUGAAAUGACGUCAUGCAAGUAACUUUCAAAUCAUAAACCACAGAUAUGCCUAC